AUGGUCAAAAACCAGGUUUCUAAGGCUUCCUUGCAGGUAAUUUAUUACUCUACCAAGAUCUUCAGAUAUGCAGGUAUCACUGAGGCAGUCUAUGCCACCAUUGGAGUGGGUCCAGUCAACACUCUCUUCACUGUCAUCUCUCUCUUCCUGGUGGAGAGGGCAGGAAGAAGAACACUUCAUAUGGUCGGACUAGCUGGAAUGACUGUUUGUGCUCUGCUCAUGACCAUUUCUCUUGAACUUCUUAACCCUACAGGAGCAAAAGCAGGAAGUGGUGCUAACACAACUGCCAUCCCCGAAUCUGUAUCUGCAGGGCAGGGAACUUCAGCAAUCAGCGUUCUGGCCAUUCUGGCAGUGUUCGGGUUUGUGGCCAGUUUUGAGAUGGGACCGGGACCAAUCCCAUGGUUCAUAGUGACUGAGUUAUUCGCUCAAGGUCCACGCCCGGCAGCCAUCGCUGUGGCGAGAUGCUGCAACUGGACCGCCAGCUUUCUUGUCGGACUGCUUUUCCCAAAACUAUUGGACCUGUGUCAAGCAUACGUCUUUAUCAUAUUCCUCGUCCUCCUUAUCAUCUUCUUCAUGUUUACCUACUUCCGCGUUCCCGAGACCAAAGGCCGAACGUUUGAGGACAUUGCCAGUGGGUUUUCCAAUGCCGCAGGCUCCAAUGCUGCCACCUACACGUCCCCAGAGGGUGCCAUCGCAAUGCCAGUAUCCCCAUCAUCAGAGAAGUUUCAGAUGACUGAAAUGGCUUGUCAGGAAACAAGCUGAGCAAACCUAUAGAAAAAACCCUGUAACCCACACAAGAUUGACACCUUAAAUGAACAGAUGCAGCUAAAUAAUGGGCAUUAUUAUAAAGAAAUAGCUUGGCACAUUUAUCAAGUAGAUCAGUGAGAUCAAGCACAUCAGUGUUUUCACAAAUAAAUCACAAUUUUACACUGCAAGUGUAACAGAUAGCAGCUGUUAAUAUAAACACAUUUCUG